CUGUUGAUGCUGCAAUUGCAACUCAAUUAUGUGUCGGCACGAUCAAUGCAUUUUCUGCAGGAAUUGGAGGUGGCGGCUUAAUGAUGAUUCGUCUGCCUAAUGGAACUGCUGAAUUUAUUGAUUGCCGGGAAGUAGCUCCCCAAUCUGCCAGAGCUGAUAUGUAUAAAAAGAAUCAUACUUGGUCUAAAAUUGGUGGACUUGCUGUCGGUGUUCCCGGUGAACUUCGUGGAAUGAAACUUGCACAUGAAAAAUAUGGAAAAUUACCAUGGAAGCGACUUUUUGAGCCAUCAAUUAAAUUAAGUCGUGAUGGUUUUCCUGUUCCUCCAGAAUUGGCUAUACGACUAAAGUCGUAUAGAAGUGUAAUUUUGAAUACUCCAUCAUAUCAUGAUAUUUAUGCGCCACACGGAAAAUUGUUAACUGAAGGAAAUAUAGUACAUCGGCUUAAUUUUUCAAAAUCUUUGGAAGCUAUUGCUAAUAAUAUUAACGAAUUUUACGAAGGUGGAAAUAUGACUUUUGAAGAUUUUGUUAAUUAUCGACCUAUUGUUCGUGAACCUAUCGUUGGACAUUAUCACGGUCGAAAAGUAAUAACACCACCAGAACCCACAAGUGGACCUGCAUUAAUAUUCAUGUUGAAUUUACUGGAAGGAUAUAAUAUGUCUAUAAAUGGGCUUGAUGGCAUUAAUCUCCAAAGAAUCGUUGAAACGAUAAAAUUUGGUUUUGCCCGGCGUACUGAACUGGCGGAUCCUGCAUUUUUCGAAAAUCAAAAAGAACAUAAUGACCGUGUAAAAGAAAUUAUUUCCAAAAAAUUUGCCGAACUUGUACGGCAUAAUGUUUCAGAGACCCAUACAUAUAAUCCAAACCAUUAUGAUCCGAUUUUUGAUUUCACCGAAGAUCAUGGAACAACCCACAUUUCUGCUAUCGAUGUUAAUAAUAUGGCUGUAUCUUUUACCUCUACGGUUAAUCAAAUUUGGGGAGCACGUGUUUUAGAUCGUAAUACUGGUAUAAUUCUUAAUAAUGAAAUGAAUGAUUUUGCAGUUCCCGGUGAACCAAAUGUUUUUGGAUUAUGGCCUUCGCCUUAUAAUUUUGUUGCACCUGGAAAGAGGCCUCUAUCAUCGACAGUUCCAACAAUAGUAGAAAAUGAAGAUGGAGAAGUGGAAUUAAUAGUUGGUGGUAGUGGUGGUACAAGAAUUCUUACCGGUGUUUUACAGUUGGAAAUGGAAUCUGGGUUCGAUUAUGAGUUGGUUAAUGAUUUGUUAAAUAUUGGACAUGUCGUACAAUUACAUAAUGUUUAUGAUAGAAGAUUUGCGUGUGCAGUUCAAAUAGUUAGAAAGUUUAAAAAUGGAACUAUUCACGCUGCAAGCGAUUAUAGGAAAGUUGGAUUUGCAGCUGGCUAUUAA